UCAGUGCAUUCAUUACCUUUGACGUUACGUUAUAGGUAAAGUCUUCAGAAUCAAAGAAAAAUCAAAAAUGUUUUUCAAAAUUGCCUUGAGCGUGCUGUUCUGCGGCAUUGCCUUGGCCACUGGGGAAACCUAUGAAGGCUACAAAAUCUAUGACAUCAAUGCCCGCAAUGCCCACGAUAAGGAUCUCUUAUUGCGCCUUUCGGCCAAUGAGAAGUACGACUUCUUUGAUCUUCCCAAGGUUAUGGGCAAGCCCGCCCGUGUUAUGAUCCAACCCGAAGAUCAACAUGACUUUGAAGCUGCUCUGAAUAGAUUCGGUCUCUCCUACCAGAUCAUCAAUGAGAAUGUAGGCCGCACCAUUGCUGAAGAAGCUUUGCAGAAUAGCCGCGUGUUUACCCCCAAAGGAGGCAUUAGUUUUGCCAAAUUCAAUCGUUUCGAUGAAAUCAAUGCUUAUCUCGAGGAAUUGGCUGUUGCCUAUCCCAGCCGUGUGAUGGUCAAGACCGUGGGCAAGUCGUAUGAAAAACGUGACAUGAAAGCCAUUACCAUUACCAAUGGCGAUGGCAAGAAGGACAAGAAAGUCAUCUUCAUGGAUGCCGGUAUUCAUGCCCGCGAAUGGAUUGCUCCUGCUGGUGCUUUGUAUGUCAUCUAUCAAUUGGUUGAGAAUUUUGCCGAGAACGCUCACUUGUUGAAGGACUACGAUUGGGUUAUUUUGCCUGUGGUCAAUCCUGAUGGUUAUGAACAUACCCAUGUUCAGGCUCGCAUGUGGCGCAAGACCCGCAAACCCAUCAACAAGAAUUGCUUUGGUACUGAUGGCAACCGCAAUUUCGAUUUCCAUUGGGGAGAAAUUGGUGCCUCCGGCAUGUCCUGUGCUGAAACCUUUAUGGGUGAAACUGCCUUCUCCGAGGCUGAGACUAUUGUCGUACGCGAUAUGAUGCAUUCCUUGUCGGGUCGUGCCAAAUUCUAUUUGACUUUGCACUCUUAUGGCAGCUAUUUGUUGUAUCCUUGGGGUUGGACUUCCGAACUUCCCGAAACCGUUGACGACUUGGAUGAGGUUGCUCAAGCUGGUGCCGAAGCCAUUAAGGCUUCCACUGGUGGUCGCUACACUGUCGGCUCCUCCACCAAUGUCUUGUAUGCUGCUGCUGGUGGCAGUGAUGAUUAUGCUUUUGCCAAGGCCAACAUCCCCAUUGCCAUUACCAUGGAAUUGCCUGCUGGUGGUUCUGGUUUCGAUCCCUCUCCCGCCCAAAUCGAACCUUUUGUAUCAGAGACCUGGACUGGUAUCAGAGCUAUGGCCGAAAAGGUUAUCGCCAAGUAUUAGGUUCAGACUAGAAAAAUUGUUGAAUUGGAAGCUGUGAAUUUUGAAGGUGUUUUUGAAUAAAUUGAAAAUUGUUAUGUA